AACAUAACCGUAUUCUAUAUCGCUUCAUGCUUGUGUCAAUAGCUACGGGACCAUCGUUCAUAAUAACAUUUAAAAGAAACCUUAAAGCUUGCUGCUCACUUUUGUGCAAAAACUGAAAGAACUUGGCUUUGCAUGGACAGGCUGAAUGUCUUUAAAAUAAACUCACCAGCAUUCAGACGGAAUAGCAGAUUGGAAGUCAACCUGGAUUAAACCUGAAAGGAGGACGGAGAGAUGGAUGAGGAAGAGGCAGGCAUGUAUGACGAGGACGAGGAUCUUGGGGAGGACGUUCCCAUUGCACAACAGGGCCUCACGGAUGCGCAGAGGGAACUGAUCAAAGACCUGUACAAGAAGUUUGAUAUGGACAAAUCCGGGGCGCUGUCUUCUAGGGAGCUCCGGAAGGGGCUGCAGGUGCUUGGCCUAAACCCAACCGUGCAAGACGUCAAGAAACUUCUCAAGAAACACGAAGUCGAAGGAAGGAAGGUGACGUACGAGCAGUUUGAGCAUAUCCUGGAGGGCGAGCUGCUCAGUCAGAUCAACCCGGAGUUUGACCUCAUCGAGGCUUUUAGGUUGUUUGACAAGGACAGUAGUGGAACGCUGGACCGCGAGGAGCUCUCCCGGUGCCUCACAAGCAUGGGCGAGCAGAUGACGGACGACGAGGUCGGGGAACUCUUCGAUAUGCUCGACACCGACAGAAACGGAACCCUCAGCAUCAUGGAGGUGUCAAAGCUGUUGGCAUGACGAUCUGAUGGACCGAAAUACAUACAAACAUUCAUAGGAAUCCAAGACAGUCCAUCAUUGCGCAUGUUUGUUUGUGAGAAUAAAUCACUUCGCUGUCUUUGCGCAUUGGCAUUUUUAGAACCAUUAUUUCAAUAUAUUGUUGUUGAAAUGAACACAUUGUUGAAUCUUGUAACCUACUGUCACAUAGGUAUACGAGUGAUUGUUAACUCAUCAUUUAAUCACCAUGAUUAUCAAAAUAUUAAACUCCAUACAAGGAAAGAAGGUUA